AGCCGGAAAACUCUCUCCCUCGCGUUGUUUAAGAGGCUCCCGUCUGCAGGGUGGGGAGGGAAGGUCCAGGACGGUCCCGGGGAUUCCAGGGCGUCCGGUCUACGACCUGUCCUUGGCGCCAUGGGUGUGAUAGGUAUACAGCUGGUCGUUACCAUGGUGAUGGCCAGUGUCAUGCAGAAGAUUAUACCUCACUAUUCUCUUGCUCGAUGGCUACUCUGUAAUGGCAGUUUGAGAUGGUAUCAACAUCCUACAGAAGAAGAAUUAAGAAUUCUUGCAGGGAAGCAGCAAAAAGGGAAAAGCAGAAAAGAUAGGAAAUAUAAUGGUCACAUUGAAAGUAAGCCAUUAACCAUUCCAAAGGAUAUUGACCUCCAUCUAGAAACAAAGUCAGUUACAGAAGUGGAUACUUUAGCAUUGCAUUACUUUCCAGAAUACCAGUGGCUGGUGGACUUCACAGUGGCUGCUACACUUGUGUAUCUAGUAACUGAAGUCUACUACAACUUUAUGAAGCCCACACAGGAAAUGAAUAUCAGCUUAGUCUGGUGCCUGCUUGUUUUAUCUUUUGCAAUCAAAGUUCUAUUUUCAUUAACUACACACUAUUUUAAAGUUGAAGAUGGUGGUGAAAGAUCAGUCUGUGUUACUUUUGGAUUUUUUUUCUUUGUGAAAGCAAUGGCAGUCUUGAUUGUAACCGAAAACUAUCUGGAAUUUGGACUCGAAACAGGGUUUACAAAUUUUUCAGAUAGUGCGAUGCAGUUUCUUGAAAAGCAAGGUUUAGAAUCUCAGGGUCCUGUUUCAAAACUUACCUUCAAAUUUUUCCUGGCUAUUUUCUGUUCACUCAUUGGGGCUUUUUUGACAUUUCCUGGAUUACGACUGGCUCAAAUGCAUCUGGAUGCCCUGAAUUUGGCAACAGAAAAAAUUACACAAACAUUACUUCAUAUCAACUUCUUGGCUCCUUUAUUUAUGGUUCUGCUCUGGGUUAAACCAAUCACCAAAGACUACAUUAUGAACCCACCACUGGGUAAAGAAAGUGUCCCUUUAAUGACAGAAGCUACAUUUGAUACUUUGCGACUCUGGCUAAUAAUCCUGCUGUGUGCUUUGCGGUUGGCCAUGAUGCGCAGUCACCUGCAAGCUUACUUAAACUUAGCCCAGAAAUGUGUGGAUCAGAUGAAGAAAGAAGCAGGGAGAAUAAGUACAGUCGAGCUACAGAAAAUGGUGGCUCGAGUCUUCUAUUACCUUUGUGUCAUUGCACUGCAGUACGUGGCCCCUCUGGUAAUGCUGCUUCACACAACUCUGCUUUUGAAAACACUAGGUAAUCAUUCCUGGGGGAUUUAUCCAGAAUCUAUCUCUACCUUGCCAGUGGAUAAUAGUCUACCCUCCAAUUCUGUUUACUCUGAAUUGCCAUCUACUGAUGGGAAGAUGAAGGUAACUGUUACACAAAUAACAGUGGCACUGAGCAGCUUAAAAAACAUUUUCACUCCUCUGCUUUUUCGGGGACUUCUGUCUUUUCUGACCUGGUGGAUUGCUGCUUGUCUCUUUUCUACAAGCCUUUUUGGGCUUUUCUAUCACCAGUAUCUGACUGUGGCAUGAAUCUCCGUUAACAGAAAAGGAUAUCCAAGCCACACUUUGAAUUGAAAUAUCUGUGCCCUUGAAGGGCUAUCGGAAACUAGAAGAAAGCAAAUACAAAGGAAAAAGACAUAUCAGCAUAUCUUGUUUUAAAUGCUUCCUCUGUAUUCUCAGGGUGAAUCAAUGGUAUAAUAUUUAAAAUUACAGAGUAGAUUAUUAACUACUAUACUGUGGCAUUGGAAUUUUAACUCCUUGUAUUAACUGAUGGUGAGAGGGCUAUCUACAGAGGUAAUACUUAUGAUUACCUUGGUUUACAGAAACCUCCAGCAGUCUUUGAAACUUCUCAUAUGACUCUAGUUCUUGAUCGAUUGCUCUUAAUGGUAUAACGGUACUGUUAAUAUUCAUAGUGGCUGCCUAUAGAACAAUCUUCAAACUGAGCCAUGCUUUGGAGGAGGGAAAGGAGCUAAAGUCACCUCUGUUGGUAAUACAUUAGUCACUCUUCAAAUAACAACAAUAGCAAAAUCCAACAGAAAGGAAGAAAUAGCUACUGUAUAUUACAGUAAAGAAAGCUGCAUAGUAAUUUUACAUUUAAUGGAGAUGUACAUGGUUAAUAUCUACAAGUAUUGCUGCUUGAGAGUAGCAAGAGUAUUGUUUUAAAAUGUAUUUUAUCCAACUUGAGGGAUCUUUUAAAAUGAUUGGCUAUAUGAACAUUUGCUGUUAGGCUUGGAACUCCCAUAUUUUAUUUUAUUCUUUGAUCCUAAAUAUAGUCCUUUUAAUAGUCUAAAAAUAUUUAUCAAUAUUGAUCUGACUUUUAAAAAAUUACUUUAAUCCUGCUGACUACCUGUAUGUAUUGUAUA